GCCGGAUCAAAAAAACCACGAGCUGCGUGUGCGUGCGAGCGAAAACCAUGCCCCAGCUCCCGCCACGGCGUCGCCUGCGUGGCUGCGUGCAGGGCUCUCCACCGCCACCCGCUAUAAGAGCAACAGAAGUGCACAAACACCUUUCCCCUUCUUCAUCGAUUGCUUCUUCUUCUUUCUCGUUCACAGGAUACGGAAGUAGAUCGCUGCCGUCGGAGAGGUUGGCCUGACUGCUAAAAUGGCGGAGGAGAAGAGCACGCUGCGGUCGAUGAGGGAGUGGGUCGUCGACCACAAGCUCCGCGCCGUCGGGACGCUGUGGCUGACGGGUGUCGCGAGCUCGAUCGCCUACAACUGGUCCAGGCCCGGCAUGAAGACCAGCGUCAAGAUCAUCCACGCCAGGUUGCAUGCUCAGGCCCUCACACUGGCUGCGUUGGCUGGCUCUGCACUGGUGGAGUACUACGACCAUCAGUCAGGAUCAGGAUCAAGAGUUCAUCAGUAUGCAAAGCAGUUUCUCACACCGGAGAGCAACCCACAUAAAGAAUAGGAUCUUUUGUAUUUACUACUUAAUUAAGGGCAGAAGGCUAUUUACAAACUACUCCAGCCUGUAAAAGAUGUAUCGGUUUGGUUUCCUAAGCAUAAAAUUUGUGGCAUCCGAAUGUUCUACCCUUUUCCUUUGUGUAUAAGUUGCUGAACUGUAGCCCAGAAAUUUACACCAAAUUUCUGAACAAUAGCAUGUAUUAAAUCUCGGUCCAGGCAUUAGCCCGAGUACACAC